AUGCUGCAUAUUGUUAUUCUGUCAGCUCAUGUGCCUCCUGAACAUGCAAUUCAGCCCAAUACAUUUGUGGUUGGUACCUUCAGAGGCAUUGAAAGGAGCACAAGAGUUGUGCAGAAGGACCAGGACCCAAUUUGGAAUGAGACUUUGAUGUGGUAUCUGGACGAGGAGCUUCUGGACAACAGUUCUGUUGCCGUCGUUAAACUCCUUGAAUGGGGCACAAAGAUCCAAAACAGGGAUUUUGGCAGUCUGGAUGUCACCUUAGGAGGAGCAGCUGAAAAACCAAAUGUUACGAUUAUAAAGAAGAACCAAAGUCUACGUAAUAACAGUCUGCAGCCAACAGGGUGCACCAUAACGCUAAAAAUCUGCUUCUCACCACCGGAACCUAAAAUGGUUGCCCACCGAAGAAAACAUGAUUUAAAGAAAUUGAUCUUCUGCCCUGUCUUUGCCAAGACUUCUGUCACAGAAGAAUUUACUCUGAAAGAAACCGAGACACCUCAAGUGCCAGCUCCAACAUCAACCACCAUGAAAGAGCUUUCCAACAAGAAGCAACUGUUCCAGGUGCGAGUUAUCAUCAUUGAAUGUCGACAACUGCAAGAAAACAAUGUCAAACCGGUGGUGAAAGUCAAUAUUGGAGAUUACACGUUCCGGACCAGAAUCAGACGUGGAAACAAUCCAUAUUAUAACGAGACCUUCGUCCAAAAUUUCAACGACACCCCUCUUCACCUUUUUGAUCAGUUUAUCACCAUACAGGUGCUGAAUUCUCGAUCUGUCAGAGCUGAUGCAUUCAUUGGUGUCUUUAAGAUUGAGAUGGGGCUUGUAUAUGACUCUCCAGGUCAUGCUUUGAUUUCCAAAUGGUUGAGCCUCUAUGAUCCAGGGAAUCUCAAUGCUGGGUUUAAGGGCUAUGUGAAGGUCACCCUUUGUGUGCUGGGAGCUGGUGAUCGUGCACCGGAAUUCGACCAACCAGCGGAUACUGGUGAUUUAGAAUCCAAUCUCCUACAGCUGGCAAGUGUGCCAGCGGCACGCACAGCCUCCCUCCAGCUGUACAUCUACCGAGCAGAAGAUGUUCCACAAAUACAAGAUGGCACAGUGACACCUUUCAUGGCUUCACCUGUGGAUCCACUCAGCAUCUCCGUGGACCCUUCCCUGGAAGUGAACUUCGCAGGGCGAGUGCUAAGGACCAAGGUCAUUUUUGGAGACACCAACCCUGUGUGGAACCAGGUGCUCUGUUUUCCCAUGCAGUUGCCUUCUAUCUGUGACCUCAUUAAACUCACUAUUAUGGAUGGGGCGGAAGACGGAGAUGGCCUUGUUUUGGGCACUGCCUUCCUCAGCCUCGCCCAGAUCUCUUGCGCAGGAGCUGGAACAAAAAAAGUGACUUCGGGGUUUUUGCCUUCCUUUGGACCAACCUUUCUCACGUUCUACGGCAGCCAAAAGGAGUUUCUGAACCCAGAUGAAUCUCCUGAGAAACGCCGGACUGAGGUGGAAGAAGGGACCACGUAUCGUGGAAGAGUUCUUAUGGAGCUGCAGACUAUCAGGCAACCAAUCCCAGUUCAGAAAAUUGAUGACAUCCCUCGGGAAACUGUUAAAAAGAUGCAGUAUUUCUUGCCUCAGUUCCGAUACGGUCUAUGCGUUGUCUUUUACUCUGCUACCAUGUUGGCUGAUAUCACGGAACCGAUCCAGUUUGAGGUCAGCCUAGGGAACUACGGGAACAAAUUUGAUGAGACCUGCAAGCCAUUUGCCUCCACGACUCAGUACUGUCACGCUGUCUAUGAUGGAAAUUUCUACUAUUACCUACCAUGGUAUGACACUAAACCCUUGGUGACCAUCACCUCAUUCUGGGAGGACGUGAGCUACCGCGUUGCCUGCACAAACACCCUCCAGUUCAUUCACGAGAGGCUGAAAAAAAAUCUGGAUUCUCUUAAAGCCAUCCAGCUGCCCCACGACCCAUUGGUGGCUGUGGUUUGGAAGAAGCUGCAGAAAGAGUUGGUCGAAGACUGCAAGAAGCCUUUGCCAGCCUUGGACAUCCAGAAAGCUGUGACCGUCCUUGAUAAACAGCUGUGGAAGCUACGGGUCCGGGUACUCCAAGAAAUCAGCAAAGCUGCAGAGAAAACCAACUGGAAAACUCCCUUGCAGAAACUCAUCCCUAAAGUUGAGGGUUGGCUGAAUCGGAUUGCUUCCAUCGCGAUCGAGACUCAAAUAAGUAUCCCAGAUGUGGUGAUCUGGAUGCUGUGGGGCGACCAACGCGUGGCCUAUGCCCGGGUGAAGUCCCAGUCCAUCAUGUUCUCCAAAGAUGGCCCCUAUGCCAAAGGUAGCCUUUGCGGCAAAACCCAUACCCUUUCCCUAAAGGAUAUGCAAAGCAAAAUGAAUUACAACCCCAUCCCCGCCGUGCUCCGGGUUCGAAUGUGGAUGGGACGGAUGGCCGACUGCGCAGACUUCAUGAGAUGUUGCGAAGGGAGGGUUGCGGUCUAUGCAGAAACGUAUGAAAACCAAAAGAAGACACACGGAAUAUGGGGAGUCAUGGAUCUUAUGCCGCACCCCAACUUUUCAGAUGUGACUGGACAGGUCAGCCUCCCCAAAGACAAGUUCCAGCUACCCACAGGUUGGCAGUGGGAUGGCGAGUGGGCUGUGGAACCCCAAAGGAGGCUUUUGCUGGACAAAGAGACCAACUAUUCGGAAGUGAUGCAGGAAGUUUACGAGAACCAGAGCCGACAGCCUAGCCGUCGAUGGAAACCAGCCAGGAUCCCUUACAGCAACGCGGGAACUGGAACACCCAAAAUGGAGCGUACAAAAAUUCCCGGCGUGUGUUUCGAGGGUGUCUCUUUUUCAAGGCUUUUGCUGGACAAAGAGACCAACUAUUCGGAAGUGAUGCAGGAAGUUUACGAGAACCAGAGCCGACAGCCUAGCCGUCGAUGGAAACCAGCCAGGAUCCCUUACAGCAACGCGAGUGGUACUCCUGCUCCCCGGAAAGAAGACAUCUUGUGUCCUCCUGGAUGGAUCUUUGUAGAAGAAUGGAAAGUGGAGUUGAACCGGGCGGUGGAUGAUGCUGGGUGGGAGUAUGGCAUCGCUAUCCCGCCUGCUGAGUUUCCUCACUCCUGGAACGCAGCCGAAAAGACCUACCACACGCACCGGCGCCGACGUUGGCUCAGGAAGCGUUUUCGGAACCUCGGCAGGGAGACCCGGCAAAAUCAGAUGGCCGCUUUUCUCCAGCUGCACUCAGACGUUAAACCGAAAGAGGAUGUCUGGGAAUAUGCUCCUCUCUACGGCUGGAGGUUCCACCUCCACAGGGAACCAGAUGAUGUUUUUCGGCGACGUUGUUGGCGCAGGAAGCUUGCUCCGAUGGCACCCAGCCUGGUGGCACCCAUUUUCUACUUGGAAGGCUCCUUGGGCGUAGAGGUUGGUGGCCAACCGAAAAAGAAAAAACCUGAAGCAGGAAGGAAAGAUGAAAAGGAGGAGAUGGAACUGGAACCUCCUGCUUCCCAAGGUCUCUUAAAGAUGAACACUCCGCUUCUCUUCUGCGUCUUCAAGAGUCCUGUGUAUUUCCAGUUGCGCUGCUACAUGUACCAAGCCAGGGACCUCCUGGGAAGCGUUGUGAAAGGGACCGCAGAUCCUGUGGCCCAUGUCUCUUUCCUUCAUAUGAGCCACUGUACCCACAUUAUCAUCGGCACACUGCACCCAUGCUGGGAUGAGACCCUUCUCUUUGAAGACAUUUUGAUCUAUGGAGAUCCUCAUGGGACCUUGCAGGAUCCUCCCAUUGUGGCCGUGGAGAUCUUUGACUAUGAUUCAAAUGCCCGAUCGAAUGAUUUUAUGGGAAGAUGCAUCUGCAUUCCAAUUGUGUGCCUGGAUCUCAGCUUACGAAAGAUACCCCGUCUCCAGAAGCACCCUAUCACCAAAAACGAAGAGGAGAACGGUUAUCUCAUGGCUGCUUUUGAACUUCUCUUGGACAGGAAGGAUGGAUCCAUGGGGAAACUUCCACCUCCUACUUGGAAAGACGGCGUUUAUACAAUCCCCAAAGGAAUCCGGCCCAUUUUGCGGCUGAUGGCUGUGGAGAUUCUUGCCUGGGGUCUUCGAGACAUGAAGAAUUACAACCUGAUGAUUGUGAACAAUCCUAGCCUCAUCGUAGAGUGUGGAGGAGAGUCCAUUCAGACAACAACCAUCAGGAACUUCCAGGAAUACCCAAAUUUUUCAAUCAACAUCUACCUCAUGAAAGUGUACCUGCCCGUGGACGAAGAUUAUUCCCUUCCUAUUGAAUUGAAGGUGAUAGAUCACCGAGAUUUUGGAUAUAAGCCAGUGGUGGGACAAGCAACAGUCAGAUCUCUGAGUCAAUAUUACUGCAAUCCAUUGGAAGAAAGCAAAGUCCACAACUUACCGCCCCGAGUCACUAAAAAGGUGAAGACGAAAAAGAGAUUGAGUAGCUUUAAAUUAUGGUCAUGGAGGAAAGCGAAAGAAAAGAAGACCGAUGAGGAGGAGGAAGAAGAAGAGGAAGAAGAAGAAAUUGAUUGGUGGAGCAAGUACUAUGCCACAAUGGGAGAUUUAUCAAAGAGCGGACAUUACCUGGAAAAGGGUUAUGAUAGCAUAAAGAUCUACAACUGUGGGUUGGAAGAAGUUCCCGAAUUCCAUGGUCUCCAGGAUUUCUGUCAGACCUUUCAGCUGUACCGAGGAAAAGUCCAAGAUGAUGACCCUGUGGUAGGGGGAGAAUUUAAGGGGCUUUUCCGGAUCUACCCCCUUCCAGAAGAUCCCAGAGUUCUACCUCCACCACGUCAAUUUCAGGAGCUUCCUGCCAACACCUCCCAGGACUGUCUGGUUCGCCUUUAUAUCAUCCGAGCUUUUAAUCUCCAGCCAAAAGACCGCAAUGGAUUGUGUGACCCCUACGUCAAGAUCAAGCUCGGGAAAGAAAGGAUGGAUGACCGAGAAGAAUAUAUACCCAACACCCUGGAUCCUGUGUUUGGAAGAACAUAUGAACUCACCUGUACCAUCCCAUUAGAAAAGGACCUGAAGAUCUCAUUAUUUGAUUUUGACCUCUUUUCAUCUGACGACAUAGUUGGGGACACCACCAUAGACUUGGAGGACCGACUCAUGUCUCAUUACGGGGCCAACUGUGGGCUGCCACAGACUUACUGUGUAACUGGCCCCACACAGUGGAGAGAUCAGCUUCUUCCAAGUGAACUCUUGGAAAACCAUACUCAGGCCAAAAACUUGCCUCAGACAGAUAUAAGUGAAGAUGGAAGCAAAGCUAUUUUCAUGGGUAGAACUUAUCUGCUCUCUGACUUUGAGAUCAACUUACCUUCACAUGGACACCUGGGACCUGCCAAGGAACGUUUGGCCCUCCACCUACUCCGGACUUGCGGUUUGGUCUCUGAACACAUAGAAACUCGCACCCUGUAUGAUUCAGCUCUACCUGGAAUUGACCAAGGUAAAUUGCAGAUGUGGGUGGACAUCUUCCCACUCUACUUAGGUGACCCAGGACCUCCUUUUGAUAUCACCCCACGGAAGCCCAGGAAAUAUGAACUCCGCUGCAUAAUUUGGAACACAAAAGAUGUGGAUCUAGAAGAUACCAAUAUCUUUGGAGACAAGAUGAGUGACAUCUACGUGAAAGGAUGGCUGGAUGGCCAGGAGGAAGACAAGCAACGAACUGAUGUCCAUUAUAGGUCCUUGGCAGGAGAAGGCAACUUCAACUGGCGAUUCAUAUUCACGCUGGAUUAUUUGCCCAUGGAGCAAGUGUGUGUCCUCACUAAGAAGCAACAUUUUUGGAGUCUGGAUGAGACCAUGCAGAAAGUCCCUCCAAAACUGAUCAUCCAGAUCUGGGAUAAUGACAAAUUCUCAGCUGACGAUUUCAUCGACCAGGGAUGA